AUCUUGACCGAACGACGCUGCUUGGGACAGACAGAGCUAAAAGUGAAGCCGGGUCAGAUAGGAACAUCGAAUGCGACCAAGUUGGAGAACUUGGGCUUCCUCGAUUACGCCCAUCUCCGCGUCCCUCUGCCCAAGGAUCUCACGGGAAGCGGCGUCUUUCAGAGAGGCUCAAACCGCAAGUGGCCAGAGGCAUAUUUCUUGAUGCGACGAUCAAGUGACGGCUUCAUCAGCGCUACGGGCAUGUUCAAGGCUGCAUUCCCAUAUGCAUCGGCAGAAGACGAAACAAGAGAGAAGGAGUACAUUAAGAGUCUCCCUGCUGCAUCUAGUGAAGAGGUUGCUGGUAAUGUUUGGAUUGACCCUAGUCAAGCUCUCGACCUUGCCGAAGAAUACGGAAUCAAGCUUUGGAUCGCUGCGCUUCUCGAUCCGGAACCCAUCACUCACGGAACGUCUGAUCCAAAGAAGUCAAUUAAGUCACCACCACCAUUUACCAUGAAUGAAGAUGCUGCGAAUGGCCGUACGCCUCCAAAGUCCGCUGCUAAGGGCGGACGCGGCUCUAGACGUGCACGCAGCAUGCGCUCGGAGUCCCCAUCGAAGGCCGCCCCAACUCCUCGCAAGAUCGCAACACCACGACGGUCGCGCAAGACGCGAGGCGCGACCGCAAGCGUAGACGAAACCGCCUCAAUCAAGGAGGAAGUGGAGGCAGAAAUGAACGGCGAUUAUCAGGCAGACACGGUCAAGGUGGAGGUCGAGACGGUCACACUCCCCGAUGCGAACGGCAUAGAGCAGGUGGAGUCAACCAAGGUCAACGUAUCGAUGCCCUCGCAUCACCCAGACCUGAAGAUCCCGGAGAACGUGGAGGACAUGAUGGCGACAGCGCGCAAGAUGGUGCAGGAUGCAGAGAGGAUUGGCGGACCUAGCACUCGCAAAGGCAAGAGAAAGGCAGAGGAUAUGGCGGAAGCGGACGAUGAAGUUGGUCUUGAUGGUCCAUCGAAGCCAGGCAAGAGGGCGCGACCCUUGGAGGUAGAGCUGCGGAAAGAAAAGAUCCGAAGGCGAGCUUACGCUGGCAUCGCAGCCAGCUUGGUUGUAGGG